GGAGCUGCGAUCCCGGCGGGACACGGCCGCGCCGGCCAUGGAGCCCUCGCCCAAAGACGGCGAGAGCGCGGCGGCCGCCGAGCCCAGCCGGGGCGGCUCGGCCCCGUCCAGCGGCGUGGUGGUGCAGGUCCGGGAGAAGAAGGGCCCCCUGCGCGCCGCCAUCCCCUACAUGCCCUUCCCCGUGGCCGUCAUCUGCCUCUUCCUCAACACCUUCGUGCCGGGGCUGGGAACGUUCGUGUCGGCGUUCACGGUGCUCUGCGGGGCGCGCACCGACCUCCCGGACCGGCACAUGUGCUGCGUCUUCUGGCUCAACAUCGCCGCCGCCCUCAUCCAGAUCCUCACGGCCAUCGUCAUGGUGGGCUGGAUCAUGAGCAUAUUCUGGGGCAUGGACAUGGUCAUUCUGGCAAUCUCACAAGGCUACAAGGAACAGGGGAUCCCACAGCAGCUGUAGUGGCUGGGACAAGUGUGGUCAGAGAAACACGGCGAGAGAUUUCCUUUGGCAGCCGUGGGCCACGGACCUUUUCAUUACCCUUUGUCUCUCUUCUUGUCCCCUUUGUUUUGUCUCCCUGUGUCUGCCCGGUCCUCGUGCCCGUCCAGCGGAGCGGAGAUGCAGAGCAGCCGGCGCAGACUUGCACUGACGCCCGAGCAGCGGAGAUGAGGCAAGCACGGCUGGCCUUGGACUGGUCCCGGCCAGCAGGAGGUGGGCGGCCCACGAGGAGGACAGGAGGACGAGGGUGCCAGGACAAGGAAACGCCCUUGGCAAAGGUGGCACCUGGGCGUGCAGCUGAAUCAAGGGAGGGGGAGAUGCUGCCUUCCCCCUGCUCCAGGGGGAGGUCGCUGAAGAUGUUUUGCCUCCUUUUUAUGCUCGCUGUUAAAGGACGCUGGCUGUGAGCAUCAAAUGCCAAGGAGCUGUUCAUAGAUACACGUACAGGAUGUAAAAGCAAACCAGUGGUACUUUUUUCCUGCCCCGAGAUUCCGUCUGUGACUGCUCUGCAGUAGUGGAGGGUCCAACCCAGCCCUCUCUGCUGCCUGUGUAGAUAUGAUGUUCACUGAAGCUCUGUCCCCGCAGAUGUCUUGAGAAAUGUGCUUGCUGUAAAUUGUAUUGUACCGCUGAAGUGACCGGGGCCAUCCCCUGCUUCCACCCGCUGCCACCGUGCAAAGACCAGAGCUCCCACCAGCCCAGGGGACACUUUUCCUAGCACAGGACUGGCGUCCUGCAGCACCUUGCCUCUAGGGCAGCAAGUACUGCCCAAAGCCUCUCAUAUAAAACAAUACUGGGGGAGCCUAAGAACCUUUCCUGCCCCUGAAAGGGACUUGCUGGCAGUGUCUCCAUGCUUUGGAAAUGGAUCCCCUUAGAGCACACCAAGUGCUCCUGGCUGAAGCAGCAUCCCAGCUCUGCUUCCCCAGGGUAAAAUUAACCACCCAGCGCUUUCACACCUCCUUCCGAAGCACUGCAGAGGGGACAACACCUCCACCUCCAGGAGGCUGGAUAACUCCCUUCCCUCCUGUGGGAGCAGCUGCAAACCAGCACAGCCAGAGGGCACAGCCCGAGCCCCUCCUCUGGUCCGAAGUGCAUGGCCUCCAGCUAUCCCAGAACCAUCACCUGCUUUGUAAAUGUAGAUGUUUGACAUGCCAGUUUUACAGCUAAAGAGUGAUCGUGGGUAAUGAAGAAUAAAUUCAGUUGUUUCACCCCCAUCUGCCAGCAACAGAAUUUUCUGCUGCUCCUUUCUGAUUGUGAAAACCAGGUUUCUCCAAAAAAAAAAAAAAACAACAACAACAACAACAACAAAAACAACCCCAAACAAUAACCAAAACAAAAAAAGGGCUUUAAUGAAAUAGCUUCUUGGUACCUGAACCCAGCUGGGCUGAACAACUGAUUUACUACUCAUUGGAAAGCAAUUCCAGGUAGGAACCAACCCAGUGAAAAAACAGCUUCAUUCUGGGUCAACCCAAUCAUUGCAAUGCAAGGCACAGUACCAUUUUCCCAAGUUCACUGGUGUUGCCAAAUCCAUAUUUACCAUGGAACAGGUGCUUUGGCAGGUGACCCCCACCCUCCCAGCCUUUUGUCUGGUUGGCCAUCCUUGCUGCAGGGGUUUGGGGGUGCUCACAGCUGGGAAGGUCAGUGGGGCUUUGUGGUGGGAGCAGCUCUGGCACAGGCAGCCACGGGUCAGGAGAGUUAGGUGUGAGAGGGGACUCCAUCUGUGCCACACCCUGUGCUUCCCAAGACACAAAGCUGCAUGUCCCUCCCUGUGUGCACACAUUUUAUUAAAGACCUUCCAGUUGUGCUGGAAAUUGCCCUUAAGCCUUGCUGGGAGUGUUGUGCUGAGUUGUGUGGGCAGGAAGCUGAAGAUCACAGUCCCAGUAUUCUCCAGAGGGCUGUUUUAUUCCCUGCCUCCUGCUUGUUCUGGCUGACCCCGCAGCUCACACACAUGCAUACACUCCAGCCAGGAUGCAUUUUAUUGCUACCCAGCCCAAACUGCAUCCACUGCAAGACACCACCAAGAGUUCCUUGGCAUCUAGCCCCAGGUACAAGGAGACCCUGGCUAGGUCUGACAUUCCUCCCAGGUAAAAGCCAUGUCUUCUCCCACACACUUGCUAACCAUGGCGUCGCAACACAGCCCUGUGUUUUCCAGCUGACUUUGCUUCACGCUCACACACACGAUGCACUUUGAAGCAGUGCUGCAAUUUAUUUCCCAAACUGGCACUCAGCAUUCCCAUCCCCUGUGGGAGCAGCAUGGUGCAAGACCCCGAGUCACAGUGGCACCAUCUGAAGCAGGGUUAAUUACAGUGAAUCCCACCAGAGCUCAUGCUAACCACAACCCAUCCUUCCUCCUCCUGUCAUCUGUAUAAAUACCUAAGCCAGGCUAAAAGUCAAGUCCUGCUUCUCUUGCACCCACCCAAGUGGCCAGAGGGAAGCAAAAACGCCCUGUCCCCACUGCUGGAAUGGUGCAGUGGGAAGUGAAGGCUUUGUUCAGGCUCUAAGAAUGGCAAAGGCCAGAGCAGCUCAAUUCAUCUUCCAGCUCUGAGAACGCCUUCAACAAGCAGGUGGAAGGGAAUGGCACAUUUUGGGUAGGGAUCAAAACAGGGGCUCACCUCUCCCAGCACUGCUGGAGAUGAUGGCAGUGCUCCCCCAGACACCCAGCAAGGCAUCCCACCCCACACCAGCACAGGCACUGCUCCAAGGCUGGGAGGGGGAUUGCUGGCUCUAGUCUGUGUGCUCUGUGGUUCUGGCCAUGCAUGGGUAGCUCAGAUUCCUCACCUUAGGAAGGAGGGAGCAGGGGCCUGCCCACCUGUGCCGUUUGCACCUUGCUGGUGAGCCCAUCUUUCCUUUUCGUACUGGAGGCCAAACUGAGGGGUUGCAGAGGACCAUUUGUAUGCCUGUUUAUAUCACUGAGUGGUAUUGGAUUGUGACUUCUUGUGUUUUGAUACUGUGGAUAUUUUUUUUUUUAAGUUAAAUAUAUUCUAUUGCUGGACAGCUGGAA